CUUCCUUUUCUCUGGUUAGUUACAUUGCUUAUUCAAUUUUCACCUCACCGUACGACAAUGGCGUCUCUCAAAAUCCCAACUCUCAAGACCCCAUCCCAUUCCCUUUCCUCUAAACUAUCCCUCCGAUCUGCUUUUUCCGCCAACUUCCCUAACAGCGCUCAUUUUUCCCGCUCUCAACCGCAACGCGGCCGGGUUUUGAUUAUAACCUCCGCUGCUUCUUCUUCUUCUUCCAACAAGCCCACCGUACUCGUCGCCGAGAAGCUAGGUGAAGCCGGUUUGACGCUGUUGAAGGAGUUCGCCGACGUGGAUUGCUCUUACAACCUCUCUCCCGAAGAGCUCCGGUCCAAGAUCUCGCUCUGUGACGCUUUGAUUGUUCGCAGCGGGACGAAAGUGAACCGUGCGGUUUUCGAAUCUUCAGGCGGGAGGUUGAAGGUCGUUGGAAGAGCUGGCGUUGGGAUCGACAAUGUCGAUCUGGCUGCCGCUACCGAACACGGUUGUUUGGUCGUUAAUGCUCCGACGGCGAAUACCGUUGCGGCGGCGGAACAUGGGAUCGCCCUUUUGGCUGCCAUGGCUCGUAAUGUGGCUCAGGCUGAUGCUUCUAUCAAAUCUGGGAAGUGGCAAAGGAACAAGUAUGUUGGUGUGUCUCUUGUUGGAAAAACACUUGCUGUCUUAGGUUUCGGAAAAGUCGGAUCGGAAGUAGCUCGGCGAGCAAAGGGCCUCGGAAUGCAUGUUAUCGCACAUGAUCCUUAUGCCCCAGCGGAACGUGCUCGUGCUAUAGGUGUUGAGCUAGUGAGCUUCGAUGAAGCGAUAGGGGCGGCAGAUUUUAUCUCUAUGCAUAUGCCUCUCACCCCUGCUACAUCUAACAUGCUCAAUAAUGAGACAUUUGCUAAGAUGAAGAAAGGUGUUCGUAUCGUCAACGUUGCUCGCGGUGGAGUGGUUGAUGAAGAAGCUCUUGUGAGGGCAUUGGAUGCCGGGAUUGUAGCUCAGGCUGCUCUUGAUGUUUUCUCCGAGGAGCCACCGAAACAAGAUAAUAAGUUGGUGCAGCAUGAGAUGGUUACUGUCACUCCGCAUCUCGGUGCUAGUACAAUGGAGGCUCAGGAAGGAGUGGCUAUCGAAAUAGCUGAAGCUGUUGUUGGUGCCUUGAAAGGGGAACUUGCAGCUACCGCAGUCAAUGCACCGAUGGUUCCUGCCGAGGUUCUACUGGAGUUGAAACCGUACGUCAUACUUGCCGAGAAACUUGGGAGGCUGGCUGUCCAAUUGGUUGCAGGUGGAAGUGGUGUUAAAACCGUGAAAGUAUCAUAUGCUUCUUCUAGACCUGACCUCGAUACUAGGUUGCUUCGUGCAAUGAUCACCAAGGGCAUAAUCGAACCAAUUUCCGAUAUUUACGUCAACCUUGUUAAUGCCGAUUACACUGCUAAACAAAGAGGAUUACGAAUCACAGAGGAACACAUCCAUUUAGACGGUUCACACGAGAUUCCCCUUGAGUUCAUCAAAGUUCAGAUCGCCAAUGUGAAAUCGAAAUUCGCCAGUGCCACAUCCAAGAGCGGCGAGAUCAAAGUUGAAGGACGGGUGAAGGAUGGAAUUCCGCAUUUGACAAAGGUAGGGUCAUUCAGAGUGGAUGUGAGCUUGGAAGGUAGUAUAAUACUUUGUAGACAGGUCGAUCAGCCCGGCAUGAUUGGUAAAGUCGGAAGCAUUUUGGGCGAGGAGAAUGUGAAUGUGAGCUUCAUGAGUGUCGGGAGGGUCGCUCCGAGGAAGCAUGCUGUAAUGGCUAUCGGAGUCGACGAUCAACCGAGGAAAGAAUCUUUGAAGAGGAUUGGUGAAGUCCCUGCCAUUGAAGAGUCUGUUUUCCUUAAGUUGUAGGAUUGCUGCAUCAUCAGUAUCACCAUUUCUUUUUCUUCAUUUGGUUGGGUCUUUUUGUGGGCAUUUUUGCUGCUCAAUUUUACAAUUUGUCUUUCAAUAAUUCUUUGAAGGGAUUUGAAAUAAGGCUAAAAAAUAAAUUAAUUUAAUUAAAUAUAAGUUGGUUUGA